AUGGCACAAGUCACGGAUCACACCAAACCUUUUAUUGUUGAUAAGAACCUUGGGGCGGCACUCGACAUUGAUAACGCGCAACUCACGGAAGCAACUUCCGAUGGGAUACCCGUUGUCGCGCCGACGCAAGAGCAGAAAUACCUCUUUGACAUGCGCGGAUGGAUUUUAGUUCCGGGCGUGCUGUCGGGCGAUGAACUCGCAGAGAUGCAAGAGUUCGGGUAUAAACUCCGCCAUGAACCGGAGUCGAUUCCAGAGCAUGAACGCUCUCCCCUCGGUGGUCCCAUGCAACGCCUUGCUGAUCAUCCGAAUGUCGUCGGCUUUCUCAAUGAAUUUCUCGCACAUCCAGCGUUAUCAAGCCAAGAAUGCUACGGCUUUCGGAUGGAAUCGUGUAGCCUGUUCCAUCGCACUGUCGGUGAUGGCAACUUUGGACCCCACAACGGAAACGGGAUGCUCCGCUUCCCCGGCGAUUCGCACCUCUAUCGGUGUAUUCCCGGUAGAGGGUAUAGUGGGUUAACUCGCAUCGUCUGGGAACUGAAUCCUGUCAAAUAUCGGCAGGGAGGCACGCUGUUUAUUACGGCGAGCCAUAAAGCCGUCUACACAGCACCCGACACAAUCCGAAGCCAGGACUCUCUGAUUUGGGAUACGUAUGAGUGUCCUGCUGGGUCCCUCCUCUUUUUCACAGAGGCGUUGACACAUAGCACGCACACGUGGACGAAUGAGGAAAACGAUCGACUUGCUAUUUUCAGUUGCUACAAUACAGUCAAUAGCAAGUGGCACGAUUGGGAUCCUCACCCGAAGUUGUUAGCCGAAAUGCCUGAGAAGCGGCAGACCCUUUUUCGACCCGUCCGCGCCGCCAAUAAUUUGAUUGGUGAGGCGUACCGUCAUUAG